AUAGAAUAGUAAAACACAGCUCUAAAAAUCUGAAAUUAAACUGUCUAACCCUUUCUCUCUCUACUCUCUCCACUAACCCACCAACUCCAGGAGCAGACCUCCCUUUGCACCGCUCACGACAGAAGCAUACCACCGCAUAUGGCAGACCAACCCUAAGCGAACACUUAAGAUCGAGCACACAAUCUUAAUCUUCAUCUUCUAAAGGUUUGAAGAAUCAUAGGGGCUUCUAGUGUUUUAAUUAUCUUCUCUGCUAAAUGAUAGAGGCUGCAAAAUACUUUUACUUCAAACCCAUAUUUUAACUGGAGAAUUAUCUUGAUAGAUGUUAUUCAAUAUGCACCUAGAGGAGGCAAUUUCGCAUUGGUUAGAAAACUUCCCUGCAUGUUUGUAGCUUGUUGGGUUUCAGGAAGUCAACGGGUUUUGCUAUACUUUUAAGCCCUUUUCUUUGUCUGAGCUGGUUGAGAAAGUUUUUGGUUUGCAGUUGGUGGGGAAGGAGAAAUCUUGGAUAAGUAUUUGUUGGUAAUAAGCCACUCUGAAUGAAUAUGAGGAAGUAUGUGAAUUCCCAUUCGGGAAGGGCGUUUGGUGAUAGGGUAUGGAUCACUCCAUUCUUUGCUAGCUUGCUCAUAUUCAUUACAUUGUUUUUGACAGCCAUAUUUGGGCUGUUUGCCUCUUCCAAUGGCAGAGAGCAAAUCCCUGUUGAUGUUAUUUUAUCCUCAAAAUUAGAGUCAGAUGACUCAAGUGGGUACUUUGUUAAUUCUGAAUUGAAAAGAUCACCAGAAAUAAAUGGAAAUUCCAAACCAAGGUUGCCUAGAUUCGCGUAUCUCAUUUCAGGUACAAAAGGUGAUAGUCAUAGAAUGAUGAGAACCUUGCAGGCAGUAUAUCAUCCAAGAAAUCAAUAUGUAAUGCAUUUGGAUCUUGAAGCACUGCCCCGUGAAAGGUUGGAAUUGGCAGCUUCAGUGAAGGCUGAUCCCACAUUCCAUGAAGUGGAUAAUGUGCGAGUCAUGGCUCAGUCCAAUUUGGUAACUUACAAAGGUCCUACAAUGAUUGCUUGUACAUUGCAAGCGAUUUCAAUUUUAUUGAAGGAGAGCUCAGAGUGGGACUGGUUUAUAAACCUCAGUGCAUCAGAUUAUCCUCUGGUGACGCAAGAUGAUUUUCUUCAUGUCUUUUCUAACUUAUCAAGAAAUCUCAACUUCAUUGAACACAUGCAGAUUGUUGGGUGGAAACUGAAUCAAAGAGCCAAACCAAUCAUUGUUGAUCCUGGUCUGUACUUAUCAAAAAAGUCUGACAUUGCAUGGACUACUCAACGUCGGUCACUUCCCACAUCAUUCAAGUUAUUUACAGGUUCAGCUUGGGUAAUGCUAACCCGACAGUUUCUAGAAUACUGCAUAUGGGGAUGGGAUAACCUGCCACGGACUAUCCUCAUGUACUAUGCAAACUUCAUAUCUUCACCGGAAGGCUAUUUUCACACUGUCAUCUGCAACACUGAUGGAUUUCAGAACACUGCAAUAAGCCAUGAUCUUCACUACAUUGCUUGGGACAGUCCUCCAAAGCAGCAUCCCAGAUACUUGUCAAUGAAGGACUUUGACAAAAUGGUCAAAAGCAAUGCCCCAUUUGCUAGAAAAUUUGCAAAAGAUGAUCCCGUGUUAGACAAAAUUGACAAGGAGCUUCUUGGUCGAACAAACCGGUUCGCACCAGGGGCAUGGUGCAUUGGAAGCUCUGAAAAUGGAGCUGACCCUUGUUCUUUGCGUGGCAAUGACUCAGUCUUCAAUCCAGGUCCUGGAGCCCAGAGGCUACAAGAACUUUUCGGGACUCUCUUGUCCGAAGAUUUUCGGAAGAAGCAAUGUGCGUGAAUGAGGAUAAUGCCUUUGUUUCGUAAUUAAAGGCCAUAGUUUACUACUCAUAAGUGUACAUUAAUUGUCUUAUAGGUUAUAUUUAAUCACAUUGUCUCAUAUGUAAAGUGGCAGAGUUUUGUUUCCAGUAUGGUAAAACUGUACAUGAAAUUUAAAUCGCAAUUCCACUUUACAGUUUACAUC